AUGGUUAAAUUCGCCAUACUCACAGGAGUAAUCGCCCUGGCCACGACUGUCUCCGCUCAAUGUGGCUCGGGUACCCCAGAUGCCACAGUCAAAGGCGCAGACGGUUCGUACACUGCCACUGUGGGGUCUAAGAAAGUGUACUCGGGUGCCGACUAUUACACCGCGAUCCAGACUGCCCUGGACGCCAUCAGUUCGGGACAGCGUCUAUCGGUCAUUGCAUCGGGAUCCAUUGGCACCAACGUCAUCAGCAUCAGUAGCGGCAAGACAUUUGAAGGAUGCGGAACCAUCGACGUGGGCUACAAGCGCGCACGCGGCGCGAUCGAGUCACUCAACACAGACGGAGUAUCCAUCCCCUACCUCACCGUGACCGGCAACCCCUACUUCGGGAUGCGGUUCUACGGUGUCAAACGCCUCUCUCUCGGCAACAUCACCAUGAAGCUGAGCGGAGGACUGGGUAUCCGGUUUGAACGUGACAAGGCCGCCAAUUCCGACGUCAGCAUGGACACUAUCACGGUUACCGGAGCCGGAAGUCAUGCCGUCGAGACCUGGAACAUUGACGGCCUCACCAUCAACAAGGUCGUUGCGCGCGACGUGGGCGAGUGCGGCCUGUUACUGCAGACAACGACAAACGCGAAGGUGGGCCUUGUGGACGGCGACAACGUUGCUGCUGGGACUGGCUACGCCACUUUCCGCAUGGCUAAUGCCAAUGGCCGACUCGCUGAUGGGAGCUACAAGACGAACGUGUUUGUGGACAAGGUCGUCUCGCGCGGUGGCGGCCGUGGUGUCUUUUGUGUCUCGGAGUCGGGCGGUGUUGAGAUCAGCAACGUGGAUCUGGCUGACAAUGGGAACAAUGCUAUCCUCAUUGAGAACUGCUAUGGGGUGUCGAUUCGUGGGGGGACUGUGAAGGGCGGUGGUGAGGUGCGACUGGCGGCUCGCGACGAAUUUAAGAACAAUCACGAUGUGUCGAUUACGCUGAAAGUGAAUGGAAACACUGUGAGGGAGAACCCCUGCGGUGAAAACAUCACCUGGAACAUUUCCGGUGAUGCCAGUCUUAAUGUCUGUUAG